AUGCUGAGACUAGCUACUCCUUCAGAACUGCAUAACACGCAUCAGCCCCACCACCAUGAGAACAACAACAACAACAACAAUAAUAAUAAUGAUAAUGAUAAUGAUAAUGAUAAUGAUAAGCCUAACCCCACAAGCAUCACCUAUCAUGGUGACUCACACAUCGAUGCCAAUAGAGGGCUAGCCUCGUUUCCGUUGACACUGGAUCUCAACACUCAUCUACCAUCACCCUUGCAUCAGAAUCUCCAAUUGCCUUCUUCUACAUCCAACUCUCAAUCGCCAUCACCAACACCACCUUCUGCUGAUGCAUUACCUCGCUCGAUCUACACCAGUCCAAAUAGAUCUCAAUCGGAUAGACUACAUGAAAAGGGUUUAAAGAUUGAUGUACCGCCUAGUGAACCUGCCAUCACGGAACAGCCAACACAACUUCACUCCAUCAGGUCUUUGCGUACUCUACUUGGAGAGCCAUUGUCGUUUCAACAAGAGCAAGGAAAACAACAACAACAACAACAACAACAACCAAGUCAUGGCACUACUGUUACGACAUCACCUACUAAAACUAAACCUUUAAACAAUAACACAACCGUUCCAUUGCAGGACAUCACCCAACUUCCUACACCAGUUUUGCCGAAUGAUUCAUUUGCAAAUUAUAGUCACUACCAACAAACAUUGCUAUCUUCGCCACCAAAAAGAAGAGAUUCUGCCAGUUGGUUCAAACCUGCACAGUCUGUAUCCCCAAGAAUCAUUUCCGACUUUAAGCCAAUUGCUAGAGCUCACAGUUUGAAUACAGGUAAAAGGACAGUUUCCAAUCCAGUCGAAUUGAAAGGUAUGACUAGUGCAUCUAGUACAGACUCGUCUACCAGCACAGAAAAUAACAAUAGCAAACGCAAUGAUCAACCACCAUCUAGCUUGGAGUCACCAAUCACUCCCACCACCUCACCAAUCAUUCCAACUCAACAAAAGGCAGCAGCAAUCACUUCCAAAUACGAUAAUGUGGAAUUUUAUUCUCGCAGAUUCCACACUACUUUCAAGUUUGUGAAAGAGUUGGGCCAGGGAAAUUUUAGCACAGUUGUGCUAGCAAGAAGUCUCAAUGAUGAAGUUGCAAUAAAAAUUAUAACUAUCCCAGAAUCCAAGUCUCAAAUUGUUAAUUUCAAAUCCUUCAUUCUCCGCGAGUUAAAUAUCCUUUAUCAUGUGUCAUAUCAUCCAUGCAUUACUUCAUUGUUGGAAUAUGAGAUUACCCUAGACAUCAAAAGGGACGACAUUGAAGCAGAAACCAUACCGGAGGAUAUUGAUUCACAUGAUGGACAGGGCAGUAGUAGUGCCAGCAGCACCUAUUCAAGAGAACAGAUGCCAGAAAACCGAGACCAACUAAUUUACAUCAACUAUUGUCACGGGGGCAAUCUAUUGAGCUUUUUGCUUGAGCACAACCAAUCAAUGAAUGAAAACAAUCUCAAUUACUGGAUCUAUGUACACCGUGUUGUAUGUGAGCUUAUUCUCACCACCUCAUUCCUCCAUCAACAAAAUGUCAUCCAUAGAGAUAUCAAAUUGGAAAAUAUUUUGCUACUUUAUUCUCCUGAAGAAGUCGAUCAAAUUUUUGCUUACAAUGAAACAAUGUCAACUCCAUUUAUGAAUUUGAGUGAUUUUGGAUUAUCUAAAAAACUCGCCGCUCCUGGCCAAUUGCUACAAACCAGAUGUGGAUCACAAGACUACAUUGCUCCUGAAGUGCUAAUGGGCUUGCAAUACGAUGGACGCUCAACUGACACGUGGUCCAUUGGUGUCCUAGUGUACUCCAUAUUGGAAUCAAAACUCCCCUUUGAUGUCCGUACGCCAUCUGCAGCAGCAGCGGAUGCAGCCAACUCCGGAAUCUCGCCCUCGGUAUUGAAACGAAGAAGAUCCAAAAAAAACAGCACUGCCCAUCGAAUUGCAAUGAUUGAUUGGGGAUGGCAAGAUAUCAACGAUCGAAUCAAUAAUGAGGGUAUUGAUAAGGAAAUCAAGUUUCUUCAACAACAAUUGAAACUGUUUGUUGACACUGUGUUGGUGCGUAAAGAUCGACGUCCAUCAGUGGGCCAAAUUUUGGAAAGGGAGGAGUUUAGUUGGAUCAAGCAAAGUGUUCCCCAAGCAAUUGUCUAUUUCAAUCAGAUGCAGUAA